GCUGUCUUCCAGUAGUCCUUGCAAGCAGCUCACUUCAAAAAUACAAAGCUAAGUUCCAAGAAUCAGUCUCCAAGCAACCGAGCCCUGCAAACAAAACUAUUGUACGCGCUAUUUACAGCUUUGUUGCCUGGGAAGCCUGUCGCUGCUCCACACCUCGCUCCAAACGCUCGCAGAAAGCGGCGAGUGCUUCGUGCAGCUGCAGAUGGCUCGCAGUUUAGGAAGGAUCCAGCCACAGACGGGGAGAGCAGAGCGUCGUAAUAAUUCUUGACGGGCUGAGACGGCAAUGAGCAGUCGGGAGGUGGUCGCUCUGAGCGUGGGAGGCGUGAGAUUUGUAACCCGGGCGUCCACCUUGCGGCAGUUCCCUGAGUCCAGGCUGGCGCGGAUGUUGGGCGAAGAUGACCAGGAAUUUAAGCUGGUGAACGGGGAGUUUUUUGUGGACAGGGACGGAGCUUUGUUUAGUUACAUCCUGGACUUUCUGAGGACUCUGCAGGUCUCUCUGCCUGCUGACUUUACAGACUUUGAGAGGCUGCGCAGAGAAGCAGAGUUCUACGAGCUCUACCCUCUGGCUGACCUCCUGGGCCAGGAACACCUGCUGAAGCCAAGGCUGGAGAUCCUGGAGGUGCGUUUUUUCCUCCAGGAGACGCAGGCUUUUUUCCGGGUCUUUGGUUCCUGCAGCACCACCGUGGAGAGGCUCGCUGACCAGAUCAUCGUGUUCACUGGGCAGAGCUGGAGCAGCCCUUUUCCUUCUCAGAAACCACUCGUUCCACUUCCCUUGGAAAGACCUUCUCAUCACGAGCUGGUUUUUCAGUGUGGAACUGAAUACAUCGCCGGUGACCAGUUUGUGGCCAGGUAUGUUUCCAUAAAGCCUGACAACAGGAAGCUGAUUAACGGUGUUAACGUGCUGGGCCUGCUGCUUGACACCUUACUCAAAGACGGAUUUCGCCUCAUAAGCACCAGGACGGUUUCCAGUGACGAAAAAGUCGAAUGCUACAGCUUCGAAAGGCUGAAGAGGCCGGCAGGCCUCGCUGUCACCGUGAGCCAAACCCCAGGGAGCUCUGGGACAGCGCAGGCAAAGAGAAGCCACACGCAGAAGGGGAAAUAAAGCCUUUUCCUGUAACCUUUUGAAGGUGGAAGAGGGGUGUGUCAGCACCAGUGGCCUUUUUUGUUUGCUUGUUUGAAACUGCAGCUAUUGAGGGAAGUAACAAACAAACAUUUUUUUUUUAAGUAUUUGGAAAAAAAGUUGCCUUCCUGCCUUUGAGUGCUCCACCCUCUUCAAUUCUAAAUAAACGAGCCACAGAUU